UAGAGGUGCAUCGUCCUUCCUCCGCCGCUUUCCUGUCCUCAUCAGAUCCAUGUCGUCCACGUCUGUGUUCAUCCUCCCGAUUGACCCCAAAAGUCAAGUCAGCACGCGAGCUGUCCCCGAUAUCGAUCCUGUGAAACUUUGGUCAACCACCCCCGUUGGCUCGAAGGCACCGAAGGUUGGCUCAACUCGAGUAUUCUAUAACACGCCUGCAAAGGAAGGCAUCAAUGUCACGGCCGUAGUUUCUCUCGGUGAAGGCUUUGACAAGAAGCAGGGUAACGCGAGAAGGGAGUUGGUGAGAAAGGCUGUUGGCAGUGGAGUGAAGCAGGUCAAGGAUCUGGGAGACGGUACAAAAAAGGUCUCUGUAGAUGCCUCAACCGACCCUCAUGCUGCUGCCGUUGCUGCUCACUUGGCGAAAUACAAGUUCACUUUGAAAACGUCACCACCUUCCCCUUUCCGACCGGGUAGCAAGGAACCUGAGAACGUGUCUUUUGAGCCGUUGCAAAGUUCGAAAGAUUGGAACACGGGCGUUGUCUAUGCUCAAGCUCAAAAUCUCGCCAGGACGCUUAUGGAGUUGCCAGCAAAUUUACUUACUCCCACGGCUUUCGUUGAGCGCAUUAAGUCGGAGUUUGCCAACGUUGCAGACACGGAAAUCGUUGUUCAUGAUGAGGAAUGGGCCGCAGAGAAAGGCAUGAACACAUUCCUUUCAGUGACACAAGGUACAACGGAGCCCGCCAAAUUUUUGGAGAUUCAUUACAACGGCGCUGCAAAGGGUGCCCAACCUCUUGCUUUCGUCGGAAAAGGUAUCACAUUCGACACGGGAGGAAUCAGCCUCAAGCCUUCGGCGGACAUGAAAUUGAUGCGCGGCGAUAUGGGUGGAGCAGCUACCGUCUCAGCGGCUGCUCUGGCCAUCGCGCAGCUCCGACUUCCGAUCAAUUUGGUAGUCACGGUUCCGCUAUGUGAGAACAUGCCAGGCCCUAGUGCCACCAAGCCAGGAGACGUCAUCUAUGCCAUGAACGGCAAGUCUGUCGAAGUCGACAACACUGACGCCGAGGGCCGCUUGAUUUUGUCUGAUGCGCUAUAUUACACAUCAACGACAUACAAACCUCACACACUCAUCGAUGUUGCCACGCUCACUGGUGCCAUGGACAUUGCCCUGGGCGAAAUCUUCUCUGGGGUCUUCUCAACCUCAGACUCCCUUUGGGAAGAGCUCCACGCCGCCGGCGAAACCGAGUAUGAUCGUUUCUGGCGUAUGCCACUCGACGAGGACUUUGGCCCGCAAAUAUACUCUUCCAACGCCGACCUCUGCAACGUUGGGGGCAAGCCUGGCGGGAGCUGCACCGCUGCGCUCUUCCUCAAGUCAUUCGUCGACGGGAUUGAGCCGCAGGAAGGCGAGACGGAGGCGCCGCUUCGGUGGGCGCACAUUGAUAUUGCGGGAACGAUGGAAGCAACACGGGCAACGCCAUACCUCGAGACAGGCAUGACUGGACGACCUGUUCGGGCUUUAGUCGAGUUCGUGCGCAGGCAGGGGUUGGAGUGAGUGAGUUGCCGGGAAUUCUCUUGGAAUUCAGUGACACUGUACACUACUGUACCGCAAAAAACCAUGUCUCCAACCCAAGCCUUCGACGGUACCCGUCCAACAAAUCGGGGCGGGCAGUUCGAAUGGUUGUUGAAUACAAGAAAACAUAACAAGUCUCAAAUUCCAGGUCAUUCCUGUAUCACGACCCACCCCUCCUUCUCCUCGCCCAGCGCAAUCCUGAGCCCGGCCCACACGCAGUCGAUGAGCGCCGCGCCGUUCGCGAUGCCGAACACGAGCGUGCUCGCGUAGAAGAAGUUCGCGUUUCCGGUGCCCGCCGCCACCCAGAGGUGGUGAAAGAGCGGGAGGAGCAGCGACGCGUGCAGAUGCAGCAGCGUCGUCACGAUCGGGUGGCGGAAGUAUGCGUAUGUUUCUGGGAAGAGCGAGAUCAGGCUGAUGAACAGGCCUGGGUCUGAAAGCGUCGGGUAUGGCUUGAAGAGGGCAAGGACCCCGAUAAGAAGAAACGUCGCGUAGAGAGGGUCGUGUUGGAAUUUUAUGCAUAUGGGCGCGACGUAUAUGAGGAGCAUGGACGUUGAAGACCAUGAGGAAGAACGGCCGAAAAUGGUCGAACAUCUCGGUGAAGAAGUACCACCAGAGACCGGGGUUGGGUGUCAGAUCCGGAAGCAGAAAUCCUGCUCCCCAUGUGUUUCUCACCCAUCCCCAUCCAGCUGAUGGUAGGGUAGAGGCG